AUGAAGAACGAGGCCAAGUCAAUGCCAGCGAGGGAGGUUUGGGCACUAGCGGGGGAGACCACACUUCUUCCGUGCGACCUGAGUAUACGCAUCCCCAAGGACUCCGUGCAGAUGGUCAUGUGGCUGAGGGAAGGCACUCAUACGCCUCUCUUCAGCGUGGACUACCGAGAACAAGCCAGCGGGAAGCCUCAAGUCUGGCGGGACAACACAGCGUCAACAGCCCAGCGCGCGUACCUAAGACUGGCCGGGUUGGACGUGGGGGUAGCUGAGGGCGCUGACUAUGGCCACGCAGUCAGACCGAGGCUUGGAUACGGGCAGCAGGUGACCUCGUUCACCCAAAGUUACGGGGAGGCGAUAGGCGGGACGAGGUCCGAAGAAGGGAGUAGAGUGCAGGAGGAGGCCGUUGGGUUGAUGGUACGCGAUGUGGAGAGAAAUGAUUCGGCCGUGUACAGAUGCCGAGUGGAUUUCCUGCUCACGCCUACGAGGAAUACGCGUGUUAACCUUACUGUCGUGGUGGCUCCGGUGAGGGUGAGCGUCGAGUGGUGGAUGGGGGAGAGCGGUGACAAGGAGCGGGACGGAGUGGUGGGUCUCUUCCACGAGGGUGACGCCCCGACCCUCAUCUGCGAGACUCGGAAUGCUUGGCCUCCACCGCGGGUCGUCUGGUUCGAAGAGGAUGUGAUGGCAGACGACUCCUACGCUUCAAACCCCGUGGAGGACGCCGUUGAGAACACCCUCACGCUGCCGCCCCUUGCCCGUGAGCACCACAACCGCAGAUUCACAUGCAUUGCCGCGAACUCCAACCUGACCAAGCCUAUCGCCUCGACCGUUCACCUGCGCAUGGCUUUGGACGUGUUAGUCAUCGAAAUGGAAGAUGUGAAUGUGCUCUCCGCCGGUACGCCCGCGGAGGUCAAGUGUACCGUGUGGGGCUCGAACCCUGAGCCUCACAUUACCUGGACGCUCAACGACAACAUUCUGCCAUCAGCCAAGCCCUGGGUCUCCAACGACGGCAACAGUAGCGUGUCUAUGGUUAGUUUCACCCCCGAGCCACAUCAUGACAGUGCCACGCUGGAGUGUUCGGCCUACAACGAGAUGCUGAUGAGAGCCCAGCACCGCCACCCGCCCAGAGAUCACCGCAGCAACACUCGCCUCAUCGUCAACUACGCGCCCAAGCUCAGUGUCUCCCUCGGACGCACCUUGGAGGCCGACAACAUCAAGGAAGGGGACGACCUGUACUUCGAGUGUUCGGCCAUCGCCAAGCCGCCGCCCCACAAGGUUACCUGGAGCCACAACGGCAAGCAGCUGGAGUCCACGACGGGCAUCCUGGUGAGCAACAUGACGCUGGUGCUGCAGAAAGUGGCGCGCUCCAACGCCGGCACCUACACCUGCCACGCCACCAACAGCGAGGGGUCCGCCGCCUCACCCCCGCUUACCCUGGACGUGAAGUAUGCCCCCGUGUGCGCCAGCAACAAGGCCUCGCAGCACAGUGUGGCGAAGCACGAGAACGCCCGCAUCUCUUGUAACGUGUUGGCCAACCCGCCCGUGGUGCACUUCAGCUGGGCCUUCAAUAACACGGCCGAGGCUGUCAACGUGCCGGAGGACAGGUACGUGGUGCAAGGGACGGAGUCGGUUGUGAACUACACGCCCGUCACGGAGCUGGACUACGGCACGCUGCUCUGCUGGGCCACCAACGACAUCGGCCAGCAGGUGCACCCGUGUGUCUUCCAGAUCGUCGCGGCAGGCAAACCGGACCCGCCUCACAACUGCCGCGCCUACGACGUGACCAUCAGUUCCCUGCAAGUGUCCUGCCUACCGGGCGACGACGGAGGACUGGGACAGAAAUUUGUGCUCCAGGUGUUGGAGGCAAAUGGAGACUUCAAACCCGUGGUGGAGGUGACGAGAGAGGCCGCGUCCUUCUCUGUGGCUAACCUGCGCCCCGCUACCGCCUACCGCCUCCUCGUCACAGCCACCAACGCGAAGGGAGAGUCGCGCCCUGCCGAGCUCAGCGCCUACACCGUAGCCCUGAACCAUCCACAGCAUGAAACUCCGGCAGAGCCCACCCGCGGACGAGAAAGUGGAGCAGAAGUGGCCGUGGGCGUGCUGGUGGGCGCCGUGCUUGCCUGCCUCCCCGUGGCCAUUGCCGUGGUGGUGAUGGGCGUGAGGACCUGCAUGAGACUACGGGCGGCGAAGCGAGGUCGUGCGGAGGAGAGUGAGAAGGAGAGCACUGAAGGGGAAGGCGGAGGAGGCACGGGGCGACCUCUGCUUCCAGGCCAAGGCACGCCAGGCUCGGGCGGGAACGUGUCCGGCGACACCGGCUCAGACAUCACCACCAUCACGGGCGGCGUGGCGCUCACCACCACACUGCCGCCCACGCCCUCAUCCGUGCACUCCGAGGCGCAGGUCACUCAGGUGGCGGCCACGGACACCUCCAGCCUGCUAUACCCCGGGGGCCGGAUCUACAGCCCCAAAUCUGGACAGCAGGUGGCGGUGCCCCCUGUCAUGGCCCCGGCCGCUACCAACCUCCGGCGCGCAGCGUACCCAACCCACGAGGAGAAGUUGGAUGGUGAGAAUGAGCUGCUGGAGAUCACGCUGCCGCCCCCCGCCGCGUACGACCAGGGCUACCAGUCAUCCUAUCAGGGGUGUCAACCCAUAAAGCAGUGCUACCAGCCCCAGGAGCAGGUACCCUCCAGGAUGAAGCCAGGUUACCCUCAGGUGUUCCAGGACUACCAGACAGUGCUGCCCACGGCGGGUUACCCUCAGGGGGUGCCAGUUAAAGGUGUACACCACCCCAACCUGCAGUACAUAUCGUCGGUGCCGCUGAGUCAGGGCUACACACCCGCGCACGUGCCCGCCUCGCAGGCCGUCACUUCGCCCUCCUUCGCCACUCUGCCGCACAGCAAGGUCACCACUUCCUCCUCGUUCAGCGUCCUGCCGCCGGCCAAGGAGGUGGGUCAGGACGCCAGACUCGGGGACGCCAAGAUGUCCACCGUCUACAACCCGCUAACGCUGUUCCCGAGCCCCACCUACGGCCAGAAAAGUGGCGUGGCGCCCCCCGCAGACCGCGCCCUCCACACAGGCUCGCUCAAGAGGGGUGUCAAGCCCCAGGCGCAGGACAUACUUAGAAUACGAGACAGUACGCGGAGCCGCAGCGCCAGCCUGUCCUCCGUGGCCUCAAAUAAGCGGGAGAGCUCAGUCUAACGGUGGCCCGCGGCGGGCGCUGCCCCACCGGGGGACUUUGGCUCACGGGGACCUGGAACGAGACUGGGUUUGUGUGGAACAAAAUUUAUAUACAGUCUUUCAGACAUCAUCGUUUUCAUUUAGUGUUGUCAAGUGACCUAGGUAGUGUUUGGACCUGGCGGUGGCGGCGUCUGGACACGUCAUGUUCUCCUAAUUAACGUUCGGUGUUUUUACCCCUUCGCGAGGAAGUGACGCGUCUUUGUUGAGGCAGCAGCUCAAAAGGUUUCCAGGAACGAGUUGACAGCGGCAGGAGGCGAGACGGCGGUGAGGCGCGAGGCUUCCCAUCAUUAGCCCAGCUGAAACCCGGCCCUCCAGGCACCUGGCAAGGCCACGUCUACCCUGACCCUCCGCGACACUCCUCCCAGCUACAGGGUCGCAGGCCAGCCGUGCUCCAGACAGCAGUCUCGGCCGUCAGUCUCCUUGUUAAUGUGUUUCCAAAAUUGCCCGUGACAACGAACAAGGCCGGGGAGCAGGGCGGGCCAGUCAGCGGGGAGGGGACUGCCGAAACAAGCAGACAAGUGGCCCGGCCGAGGGCAGCGGCAGUGACAGCGGCAGCUGUGCCUCUCCUUGUGCCGCCUGGCUGGAGGGAUCAUCGAGGCCGCGGCCACGACGCGCCCCAAACAGCCGCCACAACUCAAGGGUGCGUGAAAUAACCUGCGUCAUUUUUAGAGAACGAAAUUCGAUGCACCGCCACAACACAAACAGAAUAUUCUCUCACAAACUCAAAACAUUUUGCGAUGAGUGGGAACCUACUGGCGGUAAAGACGCCUAUUGCGAGAGAGGUAAAGGGAAUUGCUCAUCAAAGGGACUGUGGGAGACUGUUGCCACAAGACCAGGCCGGGCGGGAGCAACAGCGGCAACAGCAACAGCAGCGGCAGACACCAGCGCGGCGUGUGCAGGGCGGCAGCUGAGGGACCAAUCCAGAUAUAAUUGAAUACCACGAGGAGCCCACCGCAAAGCUGAUACUGUAGAGCCACGCGUUGGACGACUGAACAAAACAAUAAAUUUACAUAUUUUUACUGUCGCGCUCAUAACUUUUUAUCGCCAAAUUCAGAAAGGCAUCAAAAGCGAGAUUAAAUCGUGCGGGAAAGCUAUUUAUCCUGAAAUCAGGCAAUCGUGGACAAAAUUACACACACGUGCUCUGCAAAGAUUGCUCUUAAGAAAAUUGCAGGCGCGGGCGGUGCGGAGAUAUUUGCAUUAGUUCCGCUCCCUCCCACAGCGCGCCUCGGUUCAGAUUAAUCCCUUGGUUGUCGGGCUGAGCAAGGGAGGCAGAGGAGGAGGCAGAGGAAGAGCAGGAGGAGGGAGAGGGGGAGGAGGAAGAGGAGUACUAUACUCGCUGGGAACCUCCAUCGGGCAGUCUCCCCAAUGACCAUCCGACGAGCCUGCAGGUGUGGCCGUGUGUAGGAGAGUGUGGCCGGCGGGGUGUAGCAGCGAGGGUGUGGCUGGGAGUGUAUACCCGUGGGAAUGAAAUCAAGAGGGUGAAAUGGAGGUGUAAGCGGCUGGCUGUGGACGAGCGGGCAAAGCCGAGAGGAUGAAACCUGAAACCUGGAGGGUGCGAUGGAGACGGUGCAGCGGAGGUGUUGUAGCCAAACCGUGUAAGGAGUGUGAGGAAGUGUAACGAGAGGCUGCAAAAAGGUGAAAGAAGUGAGGGUAAAACCAAGCCAAUCUACGUCAAAGAGUGAAGUGUGGAGGUAUGCUGAAAGGGUGAAUUAAGCAUGAAUCGAAGGAUUUUAGAAGGGACGGUAAAAAAGCGAUAAGAAAAGGUGCAAAAAGGUGAAGGAAGCGGAUUUAGCAGAGAGGAAGUCUAGGUGAAAGGGUGAAGUGUAGCGGCGCAUUGAAAGCGUGUAAUAAGAGAGUGUAACGAGGGGUUAUGAAAAGUGAAUCCAGUGGGAACUUCAGUGACUUCGCCGCGGCAUGUCCCGACUUUCUAUACAUCGUCUUUUAUCCCCGUUAGAGUCCAAAGUGUACGUGCGAAGAGGCGUUUUAGAACCUGUACAUAAGAGUGUUUUAUAUACAAAUUCUAUGUUGGAUGACACGACCACUUUAUUACACUUAAGGAUGUGACCGUACUGUUAUAAUAAUGUGUACGUACGCCCUCCCCCAGCCGUGUGUGUGUGUGUGUGUGUGUGUGUGUGUGUGUGUGUGUGUGUGUGUGUGUGUGUGUGUGUGUGUGUGUGUGUGUGUGUGUGUGUGUGUGUCUGUGUUUCUUGUGUAUUGUACAUAUAAAAACCCCAAAAAAAUCUCCCACGUGUGACUUCCAAUCAAAUUUGAAACUAAUGAGUACUGAUUAUAAUUAUUUACAUCCUUCUUCAAGCACCACAGCAUUUCGAGAUGAGUUAUUAAUAUGGAACUAAAACAAAUGUACCGUUUCAAUAAGUCAGAUGUUAAAAUUAAGAAUGCUGUCUUGAAUUAAAACAAAAACAUUAAUAAACCUGGAAAAACCGUGGUAUCUGAGGUUCUUAAUUUCAAUGAGUGUUUUGGGUUAAGUUAUAUCACCAAAAACCUGCAUGAAAAAACUACCUAAAUGUCUUUCCGUUGCCCUUAAAUAUGCACUCACACGCACACGCACAAACACACACACACACACACACACACACACACACACACACACACACACACACACACACACACACACCUCAAAAGUAUGUGCAAGUAAUGUUCCUUCUUUCCUCCACCCCUCCCUCUGUUAACCUUCCACUCCUUACCCUUUCUCCUCCCUUUGCCUCCACUUUCUCAAACCAUCACCUUCCAGUAUAUAUUCUCCCACUAUUUCCCUCCACUUUUUCUCCUUUAAUUCCCCCUCCUUCAAAUCCUUCCUCACUUUACAGUACAUAUGAUUCCAGUGUGUCCCUCCACCUUUCUCCUCUUACCCCUUUUUAUCAACCUCCCUUUCACUAUGAUUUACACUUAUGACCAAUUCCUAUUCUUGCCCUUUUUCUUUCUUCAUCCCUCCUUCUCCCUCCUCCUCCCUCACCUUUCAAUUCAACCAUCUCUCCCUCCACUUUUCAUUCUCUUAUCCCUCUUUUCCCUUCUUCUCCCUCACCUUCCAAAACAUAUGAUCACCUCCUCUUCCUCACCUCCUUCCCCUCUUAUCCAUUCUUCGUCUCCUCCACCUUCACCCUCCAAGACAUGUUCUCCAGACGUUUUUAUUUCCCUCACUGAGUAAUACUUUUCUAUGCGGGCUCCCGGGAGGUCUUCGGUGGGUGUAGUGUAGGCCACAGACUGUGUGCUGUGUAUACUCUGUCGGAAAUUAAACUUUAA